CAUGGACAGCAGGGCCGGCGGCCGGUGCUGCCCCGAGGCGGUUCUCCUGAUUCUGGAGCCUGCCAGGAUGGGGCCCCUGAGGCCCAACUCGGGCCCUGGGGGGCAACAGUUGUUGCUGCCCCUCUUGCUGCUGGCAUUGCUGCUCCUGUCAGCUCCAUCUGCAGGCCAUGCCACUCGGGUAGUGUACAAGGUGCCAGAAGAACAGCCACCUAACACUCUCAUUGGAAGCCUCGCAGCUGACUAUGGCUUUCCAGAUGUGGGCCAUCUGUACAAACUAGAGGUAGGUGCUCCAUACCUUCGAGUUGAUGGCAAGACGGGUGACAUCUUCACCACAGAGACCUCCAUUGACCGUGAGGGGCUUCGUGAAUGCCAGAACCAGCUCCCUGGUGAACCCUGCAUCCUGGAAUUUGAGGUGUCUAUCACAGACCUUGUGCAGAAUGGCAGCCCCCGGCUGCUGGAGGGCCAGAUAGAGGUGCAAGACAUCAACGAUAACACUCCGAACUUCGCCUCACCUGUCAUCACUCUGGCCAUCCCUGAGAACACCAACAUUGGCUCCCUCUUCCCCAUCCCACUGGCUUCAGAUCGUGAUGCUGGCCCCAAUGGUGUGGCUUCCUAUGAGUUACAGGCUGGGCCUGAGGCCCAGGAGCUAUUUGGGCUGCAGGUGGCUGAGGACCAGGAGGAGAAGCAGCCACAGCUCAUUGUGAUGGGGAACCUGGAUCGUGAGCGUUGGGACUCCUACGAUCUCACCAUCAAGGUGCAGGAUGGAGGCAGCCCCCCACGUGCCAGCAGUGCCCUGCUGCGUGUCACUGUGCUUGAUACCAACGACAACGCUCCCAAGUUCGAGCGGCCCUCCUAUGAGGCUGAGCUGUCUGAGAAUAGCCCCAUCGGCCACUCGGUCAUCCAGGUGAAGGCCAAUGACUCAGACCAAGGUGCCAAUGCAGAGAUUGACUACACGUUCCACCAGGCGCCUGAAGUUGUGAGGCGUCUCCUGAGACUAGACAGAAACACUGGACUCAUCACUGUUCAGGGUCCUGUGGACCGUGAAGACCUUAGUACCCUGCGCUUCUCAGUGCUUGCCAAGGACCGAGGCGCCAACCCCAAGAGUGCUCGGGCCCAGGUGGUAGUGACUGUGAAAGACAUGAAUGACAAUGCCCCCACCAUUGAGAUCCGAGGCAUAGGGCUGGUGACCCAUCAAGAUGGUAUGGCUAACAUCUCAGAGGACGUGGCAGAGGAGACAGCUGUGGCUCUGGUGCAGGUAUCUGAUCGAGAUGAGGGAGAGAACGCAGCUGUCACCUGUGUGGUAGCAGGUGAUGUGCCUUUCCAGCUCCGGCAGGCCAGUGAGACGGGCAGUGACAGCAAGAAGAAGUACUUCCUGCAGACUACUACCCCACUGGACUAUGAGAAGGUCAGAGACUACACCAUUGAGAUUGUGGCUGUGGAUUCUGGCAACCCCCCACUCUCCAGCACCAAUUCCCUUAAGGUGCAGGUAGUCGAUGUCAAUGACAAUGCUCCUGUCUUCACCCAGAGUGUGACUGAAGUUGCUUUCCCAGAAAACAACAAGCCUGGUGAAGUGGUGGCCGAGGUCACUGCCAGUGAUGCUGACUCGGGUUCUAAUGCAGAGCUGGUUUACUCUCUGGAGCCUGAGCCGGCUGCCCAGGGUCUGUUUACCAUUUCACCUGAGAAUGGAGAGAUCAGGGUGAAGACAUCCCUUGAUCGAGAACAGAGAGACAGCUAUGAGCUAAAGGUGGUAGCAGCUGACCGGGGCAGCCCCAGUCUCCAGGGCACAGCCACUGUCCUUGUCAAUGUGCUGGACUGCAAUGACAAUGACCCCAAAUUUAUGCUGAGUGGCUACAAUUUCUCAGUGAUGGAGAACAUGCCGGCACUGAGUCCAGUGGGCAUGGUGACUGUCAUUGACGGGGACAAGGGGGAAAAUGCUCGUGUACAGCUCUCAGUGGAACAGGACAAUGGUGACUUUGUGAUCCAGAAUGGCACAGGCACUAUCUUGUCCAGCCUGAGCUUUGAUCGAGAGCAACAGAGCACCUACACCUUCCAGCUGAAGGCAGUGGAUGGUGGUGUUCCACCUCGCUCAGCUUACGUUGGAGUCACCAUCAAUGUGCUCGAUGAGAAUGACAACGCCCCCUUUAUCACUGCCCCCUCCAACACUUCUCACCGGCUGCUGACCCCACAGACCCGUCUUGGUGAGACAGUCAGCCAAGUGACAGCUGAGGACAUGGACUCUGGUGUCAAUGCUGAGCUAACGUACAGCAUCGCUGGCGGCAACCCUUAUGGACUCUUCCAGAUUGGGCCCCACUCAGGUGCCAUCACCCUAGAGAAAGAGAUUGAGCGGCGCCACCAUGGGCUACACCGUCUUGUGGUGAAGGUCAGUGACCGAGGCAAGCCCCCACGCUAUGGCACAGCUCUGGUUCACCUUUAUGUCAAUGAGACCCUAGCCAACCGCACACUAUUGGAGACCCUACUUGGCCAUAGCAUGGACACGCCACUGGAUAUUGACAUUGCUGGAGAUCCAGAGUAUGAGCGCUCCAAGCAGCGUGGCAACAUCCUCUUUGGUGUCGUGGCAGGUGUUGUGGCUGUGGCUUUGCUCAUCGCCUUGGCAGUGCUUGUGCGCUACUGCCGGCAGCGGGAGGCCAAGAGUGGCUACCAGGCUGGUAAGAAGGAAACCAAGGACCUGUAUGCCCCCAAGCCCAGUGGCAAAGCCUCAAAAGGAAACAAAAGCAAAGGCAAGAAGAGUAAGUCCCCAAAGCCUGUGAAACCAGUGGAGGAUGAAGAUGAAGCUGGGCUGCAGAAGUCUCUCAAGUUCAACCUGAUGAGCGAUGCCCCAGGGGACAGUCCUCGCAUCCACCUACCCCUCAACUACCCACCAGGCAGCCCUGACCUGGGCCGCCACUAUCGUUCUAACUCCCCACUGCCUUCCAUCCAGCUGCAGCCCCAGUCACCCUCGGCCUCCAAGAAGCACCAGGUGGUGCAGGACCUGCCGCCUGCAAACACAUUUGUGGGCACUGGGGACACCACAUCCACAGGCUCUGAACAGUACUCCGACUACAGCUACCGUACCAACCCCCCCAAAUACCCCAGCAAGCAGUUACCUCACCGCCGUGUCACCUUCUCAGCCACCAGCCAGGCCCAGGAGCUGCAAGACCCAUCCCAGCACAGUUACUAUGACAGUGGUCUGGAGGAGUCUGAGACACCAUCCAGCAAGUCAUCCUCAGGGCCCCGACUUGGUCCCCUGGCCCUACCUGAGGAUCACUAUGAACGCACUACCCCCGAUGGCAGCAUAGGCGAGAUGGAGCACCCGGAGAAUGACCUGCGCCCUUUGCCUGAUGUUGCCAUGACGGGCACGUGUACCCGGGAGUGCAGUGAGUUUGGCCACUCUGACACAUGCUGGAUGCCUGGCCAGUCAUCUCCCAGCCGCCGGACCAAGAGCAGCGCCCUCAAACUCUCCACCUUCGUGCCUUACCAGGACCGAGGAGGGCAGGAGCCUGCGGGCGCCGGCAGCCCGAGCCCCCCGGAAGACCGGAACACCAAAACGGCCCCCGUGCGCCUCCUGCCCUCCUACAGUGCCUUCUCCCACAGUAGCCAUGACUCCUGCAAGGACUCGGCCACCUUGGAGGAAAUCCCCCUGACCCAGACCUCGGACUUCCCACCCGCAGCCACACCGGCAUCUGCCCAGACGGCCAAGCGCGAGAUCUACCUGUGAGCUCCCUUUUGGCCGGCGGCCACCCCUCCCCAAGCUGCCGGCCAGCUCCCAGCUGGGCCCAUUCCAGGGCCCCCACCCUCCAACCCCUCCAGCAUGGACUACGUGGCCAGGGCCCCAAGUUGGGGGGAAUACUGGCCUCCUGCCCACGCUGGCCCCUCCCUCACGCAGGAUCCAGGUCCUCUCCUGCCAUUCCACCUCCCAGCUCCCAGGAGCCCCUUCUUCCCCUUCAUGGGGCUCCUCCCAGCUGAUGCCCAAGAGGGCUUCUCUGCAAUGACUGGGCUCCCCUCCAUCGACUUCCAGGGAGCACCCCCUCACAUUGGGCAAAUGGUGGAAUUAAGGGUGAGCAGCACACUUCAACCGAUGUUUCCCACAUGGCCGACCAGGGUGGGGAUAACAGGCCCCAUUUCAGUCCUGAAUGAACCAAGGCUGAACUGGGGAGCCCCUCUCCUUGGAAACUCCCAGAGGAAACUCUUGACCACCAGGGGAGCCCUGAAGGGCUUUUGUUACCAAAGGUGGGAUGGGGAUGGGGGUGAGAACAUGAUGGAGGCUUUGUCUUCCAGUACUGCUUCUGGGCUGGCCCGCCUGCCUGCCACAUGCCCAAGCCUGGUCCCAUCUAGGCACUCCCCUUCCCUUCUGGUCAUGCAGUGUCUGUAUAUAAGGACCUUGGAAUGAUGUCCCCAUUUCUGCCUGAUUUGCAACUUUACUUGUUGAUGUUGUGUUGUCUUGGGGGACCCCUCUGGGGGGGGAACCUGCCCUGUGUCCCCUACUCCCUGCCCCAGUGAUGCUCCCACCCCAGGCCUCUAUUGUUCCAUGUUGUAAAUACCCCUGGGGUUGUGGUGGGAUGGGGGUGCAGGCCAGGGAAACAACGGGGUUGAGGGUGGGGGUGGGGGUAACAUUUGCCUAUCAGCAGAGCUGGGCUUUUAUUUAAUUUUUUUU